AUGCGAGGGAGGAAGAAGAUGGAAAAAGAGGAAAAAACCUCCCGCUUUGACCUCCCACGUCACGGAGGCGCCAAGGCAAGCUCUUCAGCCGCCCUCGGAAGUUCCCGCCGAGAAGUUCUAGAAUGGUUCGAAGCGUUCAUGAGUCCAUUUCCUCCAGAACCCGUGUCCUUCCUCCUGAACCCGUUCCUUCCUCCAAAAACCCGUGUCUUCCCUCCGAACCCGAACCCGUGUCCUUCCUCCAGAACCCGUGUCCUUCCUCCAGAACCCGUGUCCUUCCUCCAGAACCCGUGUCCUUCCUCCAGAACCCGUGUCCUUCCUCCUGAACCCGUGUCCUUCCGCCAGAACCCGUGUCCAUCCUCCAGAACCCGUGUCCUUCCUCCAGAACCCGUGUCCUUCCGCCAGAACCCGUGUCCUUCCUCCAGAACCCGUGUCCUUCCUCCAGAACCCGUGUCCUUCCCCAAAAACCCACUCGAAGACCCGAAAACCAGCGAAUCUAAGGACCCGAAAAUCCGAGGGUGCGAGAACCUGACGACCCCGAAGACCCGAAGAUCCGAGAACCCGAGAAGAACCACAGAACCCGAAAGUCCCAAAACCCGAAAACCCGAAAACCCCUGA